AUGGGUAUUGGAGGACUAUGGCAGGUAUUGGAGCCUGUGGCGCAGCCGGUUACGUUAGAAUCUCUUGAAGGAAAACGACUUGCAGUAGAUAUUUCUAUCUGGCUUCAUCAGGCUGCUCAUGGAUACGCGGACCAUCAAUUAAGUGCGAAGUGUCCUCAUUUAUCAUUAGUAUUAAAACGUCUGUCCAAACUUUUAUUCUAUAAAAUACGUCCUGUGAUUGUAUUUGAUGGCAAAAAUGUACCUAUAUUCAAAAAGAAACUAUUGAUGAUUAAUUUUUGCACAAAUUGUUAUGUGUUACGCCAGGUUAUUGAAUUUUUUCAUUUUUCUCUCAAUAAUGAAUUUAAGCGAGACCGGCAAGUCAAACGUUAUGUGGAAGAACUAACAAUGACAAAAGCACAAAAACGUGCUCUGCAUGAGUUUGCUUGUUCCCAGUUAGGUUUGUCUAUAUAUUUUUAUAUUACAAAUAUUGUUGAAUAA